AUGGCCGCAAAGCCCCCAACACUGCGUUUCUGCGGAGAAUGCAAUAACCUCCUCUAUCCCAAAUCCGACAACAACUCCAAAGUCCUCCUCUAUUCCUGCCGGAAUUGUCUCUACUCCGAGAACGCCGUUGUGAACCCCCAAGAAGAUGCCGCUUGCGUCUAUAGGAAUGAUUUGCUGACGAGGGAGAGAGAACAAGCGGGCCAGACGAAGGAUCUCGAGACGGAUCCGACAUUACUGCGGUCUACUGCAGUUGUGUGUCCUGUGUGUGAGGGCGCUGAGUCCGUGGUGUAUCAGGACCAAGCGCGGCGGUUGACGACCAACAUGACGCUCUUUUACGUCUGUAUCAACUGUAAAAGCCUGUUCCGAGAUCCGAACGUCAAGACAAGAUGA